CCCUUCAAUAGCCUUACUAGGUUUGUAAUGUGAACACGCAUAGAGAGUAUAUAUUUAAUAUAUAUUUUUUUUUACAAAAUUUUAUUAAGUUCAUAAUUGAAAAUAACUAGUACGAAUUGUUUGGCCUUUGAUAUAUCAAAAUUGUAUUCUAUUCCUGGCUUUACCAUGGCUAAAACUACGACCGCUGCCUCCAAGUGGCCAGUGUUCAUCAGCCACAGCGCUCAGUACAACUUUCUGCGGGAAUAUUUCCUGGGAUGCGGAGAUAUUUCUCCAAUGACCUUAAUUGAGGAGGCGGCAAGCGCUUGGCAGCAUCUCAGUCCGCAGGACAGGGCCUUGUUUGAAGAGGAGGCCUAUCUGCCCGCCAGAUUUGGCCAAUUAAGCGACUGGGCGAUCAGGCAGAGCAUUGAUGUCCUGUCAGCAGAGCAAACCACUGUGCGCCACAUUCCCUCAAAGUCAUCUAAAAAAUCCCGGAGUGGUAAUGCCAAAUCGCGUAGAAAGAAGAAGCAGCAGAAGAGGAGUGCAGCCAGCAAGAAGCGAUGUCCAGUGUUCAGGAAUUAAAGGUGAAGGGCAAGCACCUUUAACUCGAAAACUGUGGGAAAACUUGACUGUUAAGAUUACGUUAAUACUGCUAUGAUGAUAGUCCGGAAUGGAAAAUAUAAGUACACUUGAAAGUCAAAAAAAAAA